GCGGGCGGUGGGCGGAGCCGCGGAGGGGGCGGGGUGGUGUCCCUGAUCGCGGCCCCGGGAGCAAGUGGAGGGCCUUACCCGCAGCGGCGACACCAUGGAAGCCGAGCCGGGGCGGGAGUGCGGCGUUCCGAGCCCGGCGCGGGAGGAGGGCUCGUCGGCCCUGGCCCAGUUCGCGGCGGUGCACGGCCCGGCGCUGCGCUCCUCGGGCGUCCCGGAGCGGUACUGGGGCAGCCUCCUGCAUAAGCUGGAGCACGAGGUUUUCGAUGCCGGUGAGAAGUUUGGGAUAAUGCAGGUGGAAGAGGCAGAGGAGGAGGAAGAGGAAGCCACCAGGGAAGCACGGAGGAAGCAGCCCAACCCAGGGGGCGAGCCCUGCUACAAGGUCAUCGUGACCAGCGAGAAUGGGCUGCAGGCUGACAACCCCAACAGCAUCUUCCUCAUCGACCAUGCCUGGACAUGUCGUGUGGAGCACGCACGCCAGCAGCUGCGGCAAGUGCCGGGUCUGCUGCACCGCAUGGCCAGCCUGAUGGGCGUCGAGUUCCACGGCGAGCUGCCCAGUGAGGACGUGGUGGCGCAGGUGCUGGAGGAGAUGUGGAAGUUCAACCAGACCUACCAGCUGGCCCAUGGGACUGCCGAAGAGAAGGUGCCUGUGUGGUACAUCAUGGACGAGUUUGGCUCACGGAUCCAGCACAACGACAUACCCAGCUUCGCCACGGCACCGUUCUUCUACAUGCCGCAGCAGGUGGCCUACACGCUGCUGUGGCCCCUGAGGGACCUGGACACAGGCGAGGAGGUGACCCGGGACUUUGCCUACGGAGAGGCAGACCCACUGAUCCGGAAAUGCAUGCUGCUGCCCUGGGCCCCCGCCGACAUGCUGGACCUCAGCUCCUCCACGCCUGAGCCGCCCGCUGAGUAUUACCAGGCCAUUCUGGAGGAGAACAGGGAGAAGCUGCCUCUUGCCAUCAGCCCGGCGCCCCAUCCCCAAGAGCAUAUCUUCAGGGUCCACACGGAUGUGCAGCAGGUGCUGGACCACCUCACACACCCCCGCUUCACCUUCACCACACGCGAAGCGGAAGCGGACAUCCUCUACCACUUCUCUCACUUCAAGGACUAUAGGAAGCUCAGCCAGGAAAGGCCGAGCGUGCUGCUGAACCAGUUCCCCUGCGAGAACUUGCUCACCGUGAAGGACUGCCUGGCCUCCAUUGCACGCCGCGCCGGGGGGCCGGAGGGCCCUGCCUGGCUGCCACGCACCUUCAACCUGCGUACUGAGCUGCCGCAGUUCAUCAGCUACUUCCAGCAACGGGAGAGGCGGGGUGAGGACAACCACUGGAUCUGCAAGCCCUGGAACCUGGCCCGCAGCCUGGACACUCAUGUCACCAGGAGCCUGCACAGCAUCAUCCGGCACCGGGAAAGCACCCCCAAGGUUGUGUCCAAAUACAUCGAGAGACCUGUCUUGUUCCUCCGAGAAGACGUGGGCAGUGUCAAGUUUGAUGUCCGCUACAUCGUGCUGCUGCGCUCGGUGAAGCCCCUGCGGCUGUUCGCAUAUGACGUGUUCUGGCUGCGCUUCUCCAACCGACCCUUCGAGCUCAGUGACCUUGAUGACUAUGAGAAGCAUUUCACUGUCAUGAACUACGACCCGGGUGUGGUGCUAAAGCAGGUGCACCAUGACGAGUUCAUCCCUGAGUUUGAGAAGCAAUACCCGGAGUUCCCCUGGAGUGGUGUGCAGGCGGAGAUCUUCCAGGCCUUCACGGAGCUGUUCCAAGUCGCCUGUGCCAAGCCGCCGCCCCUGGGCCUCUGUGACUACCCCUCAUCCCGGGCUGUUUACGCUGUGGACCUCAUGCUGAAGUGGGACACCCGCCCAGAUGGGUCGCGAGCAGUGCAGCCACAGAUCCUGGAGGUGAACUUCAACCCCGACUGCGAGCGCGCCUGCAGAUACCACCCCUCCUUCUUCAAUGAUGUCUUCAGCACCUUGUUCCUGGACCAGCCUGGGGACUGCCAUGUCACCCGCCUGGUCUAACCCAUGUGGCCUGCGCCACCUGUGCUCCAGAUGUCCUUUCAGCCUCGCUGAGGCAGCCUCGGUCCCUCCCUCCAGAACCACCGUCCCACCCGCACACCAGGGCCACGCAGCCUCCUCCACUGCCCCCUGCAUUGAGGCCCUGUCUCUGAAAGCCUGUUCCCAACUGCCUCGUUGCAGAGGUCCUAGAGGAGAGGGAUUCCCUAGAGGGUGGGCUCCCCGGAGAGGUGCUGGAGCUGUUCUCCAAGCUGCUGUGCGUGGCUCCCCAGUGGCACAAAUGUCUGUGCCGGUGGGGCCGCAUGAUGGCCCAGAACAGUCACCAGCAGAACACCACAGCUCCAGCAGGAAGGCUGAGCCUCUGGGCAGCUGGCCCAUGCAGGUCCCCCUUGUCCCUGGGGCCACAGCUGGCACUGCUGAUUCCACGCAGAGUGCUGUCAGAGGUCUAGGGUCCCAGUGCUGGGCUGUUGUGAUUGUUUUUUGUUUCUGUAUGUGUGUAUUUUAAGUUUAGGGGAUGAAAAUGUAAAAUUUCAGUUCUUUCCUAAUUUCACAUUUUGUGAGGCCACUGUGCACCUCGGGUGGGGGCACCGACCCCCUGGUGGCCGGAGCUGCUUGCAAAGCUUCCUGCAAAGCUUCCCGUGUGCAGGGGAGAAGAGUGAAAGGUUUCAUUUUUGAAGCUAAAGCCUGCACUUCCCACAGCAGAGCUGGACUCUUCUGUUGGCCCAAGUGGCGCCGCUUUCUGGGCCCCCUCUGCCUUGCUGGAUUUGUACUACAAUAAACUCAAGACUUCUGCCUC